UAUCGUACGGAGCGUUCUGCGCCAUAUUGGACAUUCUUUGUGUCAUAUUACUGAAAACUCUAUAUUAUCCUUCGUUUACAACUUUUUGCAACGAUGUUUAAGCAGUGUGUUUGGAUAAAUUCAAGUAAAUGAAUUUUGAAAGUGUUUAGACUCCUGUUUUUCAAUAAUAGUAAACAUAUGAAAACGUAAACUUGUUCUUAGUGUGUGAGUGCUCGAUUCUAUAUCGACUCUUAGUGACGUUGAGUGUGUGUUGUGUUCAGAGAUUUGUAUAAAAAUACAGAAAUGUUUUAAAGAAUAUGUCGAUAAGACGAUAUAUUUGGUUAUCUAAAAGAACGACGUUCGUCCCAUUGGCAGUGUCUUCGAUAUAACACAGGACAAAGCUUGAGUUCACUAAAAUGGGAUCCAGGAACAGAAAUAGGAAGGCCAUGUUGGAUAAAAGCGGUGGUUUAUCAUGUUACUGUGACGGACAGUGUCCAGACGGUUCUGUAAACGGAACAUGUAGAACCAGUGCAGGCGGAUAUUGUUUUAGUGCAUUAGAAACUGUUUGGGACAGGGACACCGGUAAAUAUGUUCACGAACGAAGUUAUGGAUGUUUACCACCUCACGAACCAGGACUUAUGCAGUGUAAAGCGUCCCAAGUACCUCAUACACAAGCCAAAACCAUCGAAUGCUGCGAUUCAGGCGACUGGUGCAAUCGAGACUUGUUGCCCGAACCACCAACACCACGCGUUGUCAUAGAUUCAGGCUUGGAAGGAUUGGACACGCCGGGAGGCGCACCAGUAAUGACGGAAGCAGCCCCUUCAGUCGCUUUACUUGCAGCAUUAGCGGCUUGUUUAUUACUUCUUCUAGCCGGACUCAUAGGAGUUCUGUUGAAAUAUGGCAGAUUUCGAAAACGUGGUGCUUUGCUGGCAGUACGUCGUCAUAAAGAUGAAGAAAAUGGAUGUUUGCCACGAUCGCAAGGUGUUGAUUCAUCGGGCACAUUACAGAAUCUUAUUGAAAAGUCUUCUAGUUCAGGGUCUGGUUUACCAUUAUUAGUACAAAGAACAAUUGCUAAGCAAAUACAAAUGUUUCAUCCAGUUGGCAAAGGAAGAUAUGGCGAGGUUUGGCUAGCGAAAUGGCGAGGAGAACGUGUUGCCGUAAAGGUAUUUAUAACAACUGAAGAAGCAUCUUGGUUCAGAGAAACAGAAAUUUAUCAAACAGUUCUAAUGCGUCAUGAGAAUAUCUUGGGUUUUAUAGCAGCAGAUAUUAAAGGCACUGGUUCUUGGACCCAAAUGCUAUUAAUCACCGAUUACCAUGAGCGAGGUUCUUUGCAUGAUUAUCUUCAACUUAGAGUACUGGAUAUUGCUUCAAUGCUAACAUUAGCAUUGUCGGUUGCAUCUGGUUUGGCACAUUUACAUACUGAAGUGUUUGGUACAAAAGGCAAACCAGCAAUUGCACAUAGAGAUAUUAAAAGUAAGAAUAUAUUGGUCAAGCGGGAUGGUCAAUGUGCACUUGCUGAUUUUGGUUUGGCGGUUCGAUAUGUUAGUGAAUCAGAUAAAAUAGACAUAGGAACAAAUACAAGAGUUGGAACUAGACGUUACAUGUCUCCUGAACUUUUGGACGAAACAUUGAAGACAUCUAACUUUGAUGCUUUCCGAAUGGCAGAUAUGUAUUCUUUAGGUCUGGUAUUCUGGGAAAUUGCUCGACGUUGUGCCACACCUUCUAAAGGAGGGUCAACACUUGUAGCCGAUGACUAUUCUUUGCCCUAUGAAGGAUUUGUUCCUUCUGAUCCUAGUUUUGAAGAUAUGCGACAAUGUGUAUGCGUCAAUAGGACAAGGCCUGAAAUUCCAAUUAGGUGGUCAAAUUGUGAAACAUUAAGAGCUAUCUCUAAAGUUAUGCAAGAAUGCUGGCACCAUAAUCCAGCAGUACGAUUAACAGCAAUGCGCGUUAAAAAGACAUUAGCUAGAGUUCAAAUAGAUGCUGGUAUUAAAAUUGUAUAAAUCAAUACUAACAAGAGACAAUAAAACUGUUAUAGUAUUGUGACAAAGAAAAAUAAUAGUGUUAGUGAAGAUAAUCAACAUUUAAAAAGAAGUGUAAAUUUAAUGUAUUUGUGAUGAAGUGCACAUCACUUUAUAUUUAUACUAU